CUUGUUGAUUUUUGAUCUACCCGACAUUUCCUUGCUCACAAGAUGGGAGCCAAAGUUCCCAGAAACUUCCGGCUGCUCGAAGAGCUAGAGAAGGGUGAAAAGGGCUUGGGAGCAGAGUCAUGCUCCUACGGCCUCGCUGAUGGGGAUGACAUGAUGAUGAGCAACUGGAACGGCACCAUCCUGGGCCCCCCUCAUAGCGUCCACGAGAAUAGAAUAUACAGUGUCAAUAUCCAUUGUGGCCCGGAUUACCCCGAUAACCCACCGACCAUUCAAUUCGUCUCUCGAGUCAACCUGCCAUGCGUUGAUACCCGGACCGGAAAGGUCGAUCCCAGCAAGCUGCCCUGUCUGGUUCAGUGGAAGCGCGAGCAUACCAUGGAAACUAUCUUGGUCGAGAUCAGGAGAUACAUGGCUCUACCCCAACAUAAGAAGCUCCCGCAGCCCCCGGAAGGCUCGAACUUCUAAAGCUGCAACGUUGUGAAUGGUUCAGGGUUCGAAAGCGGAGUAUUAUGGUUGGUUUCUUGAGUCAGGUUCAUCUGUGUUUCCCUUCAUUGGCUUAUUAGAGCAUGUACAGUCUAUGCAUAACGGCGGGCAUUGGCGCGGUUUCCUUUGAAG